UUGACAGUAUUUAAACGGAUGGUUAAGGCUAUUCAUGUUCAAUUCAACUGUGUUUCAAUGUUUACCAUUACAAUUAAUCAGCUGUUAAGCGGACAAAUGUAUUUUACAUUAUAACAUAUUUGCUGAAAUACGAUAGGGGUAGGGUAACCUUCAUCUUGAGACCAUAUACAUUGUAUAUUAAGCAUAUUUGUGUUUAGUAUAUUUUAACACAGGUUUCAUUUUAACUUCCUUGUUGUGUGUGCAGAAGGACAAAAAUGUUGAAGGAGAUAUUAUGUCGUGUUAAAUGUGUUACUCUCUUAAUGUUUAUUUGUCAUGGCUUUCAAGAUUGGGCUUCCCUUGACUGCAAUUUUGAGGAUGGACUUUGUAACUGGCAACAGGACAUAUCUGAAGACUUUGACUGGCUACGAGAAUCCGGUCAUACUCGGUCUCGUUACACUGGGCCAAAUUCUGACCAUACGACUGGAGAUGAUGGUCACUACAUCUACAUAGAGGCAUCUAAUAAAAUUAAAGAUGAAACAGCAGUGAUUAUCAGUCCAGUGCAACACUCGGGUCCUUUUUGCCUGACAUUCUGGUACAAUAUGUAUGGCAAAGAUAUAGGUGCCCUUAAUGUGUAUAUGAUAUUAAGUGGUGGUAACAUAACUCUCCUACUUACAAAAGAUGAAAACCAUGGUAACAACGACUGGAGGAAAGCAGUAAUAAAUAAUAACGCUAAGGAUACAUAUCGGAUUGCGUUUGAAGGUGUAAGAGGUGAUGGCUCCAAAGGUGAUAUUGCUGUUGAUGACAUUUCAAUUAUACCUACACUGUGUUCUUUAGAUUGUGAUUAUGACGAUGGGUUUUGUAACUGGAUGCAAUAUGAUGGUGAUAACUUCGACUGGACAUUGCAGAGAGGACCAACUGAAACAAGUGAUACAGGACCUGAAGCAGAUCACACGUCUGGAAAUGGCCAAUAUGCCUACAUUGACUCGAGCCAAGGAACUAAAGGUGGUGUAGCCUGGUUGAUGAGUCCAUUACAGAACGCAGGGAAGUACUGUUUCUCAUUUUGGUACUACAUGUACGGAGAAGAUGUGGAUAGACUCGCGGUAGGACAAUGGUAUAGAAAUGGGACGGCACAAGUAGUCUUUAGAAGAAAAGGAAAUCAAGGUCGAAAAUGGUUUUGAAAACAACUAUUUGUACACACUACGACAUACUUUAAGGUAAAGAAACAAAAAUUGUUGAAAUGUCUCUUCUUUGAUGAUUGAUGUUGAGUAACAAAUAUGCAUGCAUGCUUUUCACACUGACAUACCUAGAUUAACCUCAUACAAUGGUGGGUGAGGCAGUAAAUUCUGUCUCUAAUGGUCAUCAAUAGAAUGAAUGUUACAUGACAGCACGUGAGUUUCAUGUAUAUGAUAACGAAUGUUUACGCAACAUGUAUGUGAAAUAUCGAUUUAAUCCAGUUACAUUUGA